AUGGCCAACGGUUACCGCGGCGUGGACAUCCGCGACCUGAGCAGCUCCUUCCGGGACGGCCUGGCCUUCUGCGCCAUCCUGCACCGGCACCGGCCAGACCUGCUAGAUUUCGAUUCCCUUUCCAAGGACAAUGUUUUUGAAAAUAAUCGCUUGGCCUUUGAGGUGGCUGAGAAGGAGCUGGGGAUCCCUGCCCUCCUGGACCCCAAUGACAUGGUCUCCAUGAGCGUCCCCGACUGCCUGAGCAUCAUGACCUACGUGUCACAGUAUUACAACCACUUCUCCAGCCCUGGCCCAGCUGGUGUGUCACCACCUGGAAGGGGCCUGGCGCCCUCCUCCCCACCUGCUGAAGCAGCCACCCCUGUGGAGCCAGGAGACUCAACCCAGGGCGAGGAGCUCCCCUCAGACAGCCUGUCGGAGCAGGGCACCCACCGGACCCCCAGCAGCACAUGUGCCGCCUGCCAGCAGCACGUGCACUUGGUGCAGAGGUACCUGGCCGAUGGCAAGCUUUACCACCGGCAUUGCUUCAGGUGUCGCCAGUGCUCCAGCACCCUGGUCCCUGGGGCCUACAGGAGCGGGCCCGAGGAGGGCACCUUCGUGUGCGCGGAGCGGUGCCCCCGGCUGGGCCCGGGGACGCGGGCAGGGACCCGGCCUGUGCCCCUCACACAGUCCAAACAGCAGCACCCACCCCAACAACCAGAAGCAGCCAAAGAUGUUGAGGAAGGCCACUCAGGCCCUUGUGUGGCGGAUGCAGCCGUUGCUGAUGGGCCCAAGGCCAGCUCUGAGGCCCGGCCCCAGAUACCCACCAAGCCUCGCCUUCCCACCAAACCCCAGGGGCUGGCCAGCCCUCCGGUCAACCGUCCCACUCCUGCCCCCAGAAGGACAUCCGAGGGUGCGGUCCUGACGCCCCCCACGCCCCGGCCCCGGUCCAGUCUGCAGCAUGAGAACCCGGUGGAGCCGGGAGGCAGCAGUGGGCUCGUGAACGGAAGGCUGCAUGAGCCACCGCCUAUCCCCAAGCCAAGAGGGACGCCCAAGUUGUCAGAGAGGACACCGGCCCCGAGGAAGGACCCCCCAUGGAUCACACUAGUGCAAGCAGAGCCCAAGAAGAAGCCAGCCCCGCUCCCACCGAGCAGUAGCCCUGAGCCCCUGAGCCCCAAGCAGGUGGAGAAUGGCAGCGUGGAGGAGGUGGCCCCCCGGAAUCUGGCUGUCAGCCUGGAGCCCAAGCCUUAUAACCCCUUUGAGGAGGAAGAAGAGGAGGGGGAGGAGACCCUGCCUGCACCUGGCCCGGCCACCAGCCCUCCCCUGGCCCCCCAAGAGUCCACACCCAAGACCCUGCACCCCUGGUAUGGGAUCACCCCAACCAGCAGCCCCAAGACGAAGAAGCGGCCGGCCCCCCGAGUGCCCAGUACAUCUCCGCUCGCACUCCACAACUCCCGCCUCUCGCACUCAGAGCCCCCAUCGUCGGCCCCGUCACCUGCCCUGAGCGUGGAGAGCCUGUCGUCUGAGGGCUCCAACCAGACCGCCGGUGCGGAGCUUCUGGAACCCCCGCCUGUGCCCAAGAGCUCCUCGGAGCCCGUGGUCCACGCUCCCGGCACGUCCGCCAAGCCCGUCAGCCUCUCUACCGACUCCUCCCUGUCGUCCUCCGGAGAGCUGGGGCAGCCCAGCACGGACCAGACUCCUCCAGCCAACUCUGGCCUCACCACCAACACCAGGGCGAGCCCGGGUCUCCAGACAGCCAAGCCCUGCAGUGGGGCUGUCCCCACCCCUUUUCUGCAUAGGGACAAGAGUCCUGCGCCUUCCCCUGGAACCUCCUCCCCUCAGCUCCAGGUAAAGUCUUCCUGCAAGGAGAACCCCUUUAACCGCAAGGCAUCGCCCUCGGCCUCCCCAACCACAAAGAAGGCUGCCAGGGGCUCCAAGCCAGCCCGGCCGCCUGCCCCAGGACAUGGCUUUCCGCUCAUCAAGCGCAAGGUCCAGGCUGACCAGUACAUCCCUGAGGAAGACAUCCACGGGGAGAUGGACACCAUCGAGCGCCAGCUGGACGCCCUGGAGCACCGGGGUGUGCUGCUGGAGGAGAAGCUGCGAGGCGGGGUGAACGAGGGCCAUGAGGACAACAUGCUGGUUGACUGGUUCAAGCUGAUUCAUGAGAAGCACUUGCUGGUGCGGAGGGAGUCAGAGCUGAUCUACGUCUUCAAGCAGCAGAACCUGGAGCAGCGCCAGGCCGACGUGGAGUACGAGCUGAGAUGCCUCCUCAACAAGCCGGAAAAGGACUGGACAGAGGAGGACCGGGGCCGGGAGAAGGUGCUGAUGCAGGAGCUCGUGACUCUGAUUGAGCAGCGCAAUGCCAUCAUCAACUGCCUGGACGAAGACCGGCAGAGGGAGGAAGAGGAAGACAAGAUGCUGGAAGCCAUGAUCAGAAAAAAAGAGUUUCAGAGGGAGGCUGAGUCCGAGGGCAAGAAGAAGGGGAAGUUCAAGACCAUGAAGGUGUUGAAGCUGCUGGGGAACAAGCGGGACACCAAGAGCAAGUCCCUCGGGGACAAAAGCUAA